AUGUCAUCAACAAGUGAAGAAGAAUUAGAGGACUCACAACAAAAUAGAAAUAACCCAGACAAUUACUGUUAUGAAUCAGAAAAUAAACGACAGUCGGCUGUUUGGGUGUUCCAAGGUGAAGAAAAGCCAACAAAAGUCAUCCGUUCUCGAAAAGGAUGGUUGCGACAUUUGUGUCAAAAGCGGCAAAGAACUGUUACUGCGGAUUGGUAUACCACCAUUUGUUUGCCAAAAGUCAUCACCGAGCUUCGAAAAAUCAACCCCGAAAGAAUCAUCCUCCACCAAGACAAUGCAAGCUCGCACACAGAUCAAAAAACAAGGCAGUAUUUAACCGAAGAAAACGUGGAAUUAUUGGACCAUCCUCCAUAUAGUCCCGAUCUAAGUCCUAACGAUUUCUUUUCUUUCCCGAAAAUUAAAAACAGACUGCGUGGUCAAAGGUUCCAGUCACCAGAAGAAGCAGUUGACGCAUUCAAAAAUGCCGUUUUGGAUCUGCCAGCAAACGAGUGGAAUAGGUGCUUCGAAAAUUGGUUCGAGCGCAUGCAGAUGUGUAUUAAUCUUCGUGGAGAAUACUUCGAAAAACAAUAAAGUCAUUUAAAACUACCUACCGUGUUGUUUUAUUUCCAUAUGCAAAACUUAAAAGACAUCCCUCGUAUAAGUGCUAUCUACAUAUUAUGCUGAAAAAUACAAUAUAGUCGUAUUCGCCAUCCUCAGGAACUG